CACUUUGAUCAGAACCAUACAAUCUCGAACAGUAAGUUUUACUUCGCAGUUUCACGCUUUUCCCUUCCGAUAUCGCCUCAGACUUCUUCAGACAUUGGUUCCCUUUACAUUUCUGACUGAAUGAUCUCGAACCGCAGACUUCACUUCACAACUUCAGACUUUCCUCUUCCGAUAACGCCUCACACUUCUCGGGACAUUCUUGCAAGAUGGAUGACCUCUUCACCUCGCCUCAACAUCUCUUGGACGAGGGUACGGUCCAAGAACAGUACUCCACCUUGAUGCCGCUGAAGAGGGGCAUUGAGCCACCCUUAACGGCCGCCGAAGUCUCAGAGAACUUGACAAUCACAAAGUCCGAGUCCUCUUUCAUCACCAUUCUCGUCAUUCGAGACUUCCCAAACCCUGGCAUUACUCUGGACAAGCGAGGUCUGGUUGGAGUCCCGCCAUCAUCCGAAGAUGGCAAGAAGAUCAGAUUGGCGGCCCUAAACGGGCAGAUGAGGAUUCUGGACAAUCGAACACCGCUGUGUUGGGAGCUCUCGACCGACAAGGUCCAGGUCACCAAUGCGGCGUGGAUCUCGUUUGUGCAGGAUUUAGCGAAGGAGGCGGGUGUCCGGCUUGGGUUUGGCUCCAAUGGUGUUAGAGCUGAGCUUCUGAAGUUGCAAAUCUCCGAGAAGAGCAGGAGACCCACUGCACCCAAGAAGACCAAGCCUUUGGCCGGAGUCGUAGGUACGAUGUCCAUCAUCUUGCCCUGUACGUAUACGGGCGGGGACAUUCAUGCGGUUCAUGAUGGCGAGACGAGUUUAUUGGAGACUUCGACAAAAUCGCACACUAACUUGCUCUGUGUUGCCUGGAUCUCGGAUGUUACGCCCGAAGUCAAAUCGAUUACAUCAGGAUGGCGAUUAGUUCUCUUAUACAAUCUGAUGUCGGAAGAAGGGAUGAACAAGGACAAGACCCCGGAGAUGGAAGCUACAGUUGUUGAUGGACCUGAGGCAGCAACUCCCGAGACAUCCGAACCAGAGACUCCAGAUGCAUGCGAAGUACCUCUUCCUGCCGGACUCGAGGAAGCCGAUUUAUCGAAGAUGGGGUCGGUCUUGGAGAAGGAUGAAGAAUGGCUGAUUGACUUUUAAGAUAGACAUGGGGAGUAGCAUAUGUUGGAUGGAGAGAGUAUUCAUGUAGAGUUCUUGCGGUCUCGGUACCGUUGAGAAAGUCCAAAUUCGAGACUAGAGGAGCAAUGGAGAAUAUUGGAACCGACUUU